UCACCACAAAAAGGAAAAGGAAAAUCAGUUGGCAAACAAUUCCCCAUUUCUUGGAAAUUGGCAUUAGCAAAAGUGAAACAGAACCAAACAAACAUGUGGAAAAUGGGCAAGGAUGAGGAGAAGACAUUCAACUUCGUCAAGAUUAAGACGCACGUCCUCAAGGUCCAUAUUCACUGUCAAGGCUGCAUGCGCAAGGUAAAAAUUGAAGCUGAACAGCACAAGGUGACGGUAUCGGGAAAAGUGAAGAGCACAAAACUGCUGAUAAAGAAAUUGGCCAAGUCCGGCAAAUACGCAGAGUCGUGGACCAAAAACGACGCAUAUGAUCUGAACAAACAACACAUCCCGAUGGACGGUCUUGAUUUAUCUGAAAACAACACUCCCAGAUGGGAAUUGGAUAGUGACUUAAAAGACAACCACAACUUCAAUGAUCAUGAAGAUAAUAUAACUAACGCUCUAGAUUAUUAUGUUGCUGCUCUUCCACCAAGAAAUACGUUGCCGGUUUAUGAGUAUAACUAUCAUUUUCCAGCAAACAAGCAGCUAGGACCAUGCAGCUACUACAACAACUAUCCAUAUCCAUAUCCCAUCAUGUAUAUGGACAUGCCAGAUAUGAGUCCG